AUGGACUUAGAGCUUCCAAGGGCGAUUGAAAUCCUCCAAAACAAAGACCGGACUUAUGAUGACUUAGAAUGGCUCAGCCGCUACCUAUACUGUCUAGAAGACUACAGAUCCUACGCAGUCCACCUAAAUCAAGUUUCUUUAUUACAGUUAUGCAGACAAAUGUCUUUAGAAGUUUAUGAAAAGAAAGAAACAAUUUUUCAGAAAGGAGACCCACCUAACAAAUUUUUCCUUAUAUUAACAGGAGAAGUUGAUGUAUUCUUCUAUUAAAUAAUUAAUUAAAUAGCUACCUAAAGACAAUAAUAUUUAAUUCAUUAUAAUGCUACAUAUUUGCCCAGCAUGGAAAAGAUUUAAAAUUAAUCGGCAAAGCAACAGUCGGCAAGCAGCUUGGAGAAAGAGGCCUUGUACGAAAUUUGCCUCGAUCCCUCACAGCCUGUGCAAGUAAACAUACAAAUAUGAUUAUGAUUCCUCAAGAAGACUUCAAUAGAAUUUUAGGUGUUUAUGUGUUUGCCAAGCUAGAAAAAGCUAGGCAUUUUGUGGAGCAAUUUAUUCCACAUGUGGGGAAAUAUUCUCACAGUUUUAAAGAAAGAGUGGCAUAUUCUUUGCAUUUUGAUGAUUGUAAAAGAGGAGAUUUGAUUAUAAAUUCCUCUUUGGUUGAUGAGCAAAACCGGCUGAAAAUUCAUAUGAGCCAAUGUGUUAUAUUUUUUAAUAGAAUUUUAUAUAUAUAAUUAAUUUUAAUAAUAAUAAGAUUUCAAGAUUAUUUUAUUUUAGAUAUGCAUCCUAAAAGAAUUUUUUUAAAAAAUAAAUUAUUUUUUUAUGGGAUUUUUCAUAUAAAAAAUUUAACCUCCUUCAUUGCGAGCAAAAACUUGCUAAUCAUAGAAGAUGAGUAAGUAAAGGGGAUUUAAGUGAACAGCUGUAUUUCAUUUUUGAUGGAGAAGCUGCAAUUACAAUAGAAUCUGGAGUAAAAUAUAGGAAAAAUGUAGUAAAAUUGGGGGUUGGGACUUGUUUUAAUGAAGAAUGCAUAUUUUUUGGGCAGCCAAGCUCGUUUACGAUAAGAGUUUCCAGUGAGUAUGCAGUUAUAGCGAGUUUCAAAAAACAAGAUGUUUUUUCGCUGUUUCCUGAAGAAACCAUUGAAGAUUUAUCCUUUUAGCCUCUAAAUAUAUAUAUAAAAAUUCAUUAAAAUUUAAUAUUUAUAGCAUUUUGGUAUAAAAAAGAAUUUUAAAUUAAAGCUUCAAGGGCGAAAUAUGCUCAUAAGAUUAGCAAGCCAACAAGAAAUAAAUAAAGUUUCAGAGCAAGACACAAAUCAGUUUAAAUUAGCUUCAAAACAAGCAAGAGACAAAUUAUUAUUGUACAUAAAACGAAACAAGCCAUCAACUCCAAGACGAAUUGUGGAAACAAGCAGAAGGAGAUAUGGCAGCUUUAAGACCAAAUUAGAAUUUAUUCUGCCUUAAAUUUUAUUUUUCAAAAAAAUGAUUUUUCAAUUUAAAGGAAAAUUUAACAUUUUUCAUAGAAAAUUCAUUAUUAUAUAGUAUAUGAGAGAUUGUAGCCCUAAUCGCGUCAGGGAAGAAAGCCCUAUGCGUGCUCAAGAAAGUCCUAGUCGCUAUAGAGAAGACAGCAGCAUGUCCCCUACAAAUGAAAACAGAUCAUUCCAAGAGGGAAAACUGAGAAGAAGAAUUACAGAACUAUCAAAACCAAGCGAAACUGAAAGUUUUUGGCUUUAA